AGCUUCAUGCAAAUAUGAGGAAAUUGACCAAUAAAUUUGCGACUGACAAAGAUGCUGUUUGAGAUCAUUAGUGAAAGACUGCAAAAAGCAGGCUUCACCAGGAGCAGGAAGCAAGUAAAACAGAAACUGAAGACCAUCAAGGCAAAGUUCUAUAAAGUCAAAGACAGUAAUACCACCAGUGGCCAAAAGAGGGUUGAAUUUGAACUCUAUGACAUUUGCUUCUCUAUAUGGGGGCACAUGGCCAGUGCUGAUCCAGUGAGGCUUUUGUCUAGCACGCAGAUGAAUGCAAGGAGCAUUGUCACUGAUGCCAACGAUGAUCGAGCAGCUCCAACAUCGCCUGCUUCGUCAGUCUGA